AUGGCCGACCAUCUGAUGCUCGCUGAGGGCUACCGCCUGAUGCAGCGGCCGCCGCCCGCCGCGCCCGCCCACGGCCCUCACACGCUCCGGACUCUGCAGCCUUACGCGGGACCUGGCCUAGACAGCGGGCUGCGGCCCCGGGGGGCUCAGCUCGGGCCAGCGCCGCCCCCACCCGGAACCCUGGCGUACGGGGCCUUCGGGCCGCCGGCGGCCUUCCAACCCUUCCCGGCCGUGCCGCCCGGCGCUGGCAGCGCGCACCUGCAGCCCGCGGCGACGCUGUACCCGGGCCGCGCGCCCGCGCUCCCAGGUGUCCCAGGAGGCCCCCUGGGCCUGCAGCCUGCGCCCGGCGCCCCGGCACCACUGCCGCCAGCGCACACCCUGGGCGGCAUGGACGCAGAACUCAUCGACGAGGAGGCGCUGACAUCGCUGGAGCUGGAGCUCGGGCUGCACCGCGUGCGCGAACUGCCGGAGCUCUUCCUGGGCCAGAGCGAGUUCGACUGUUUCUCGGACUUGGGAUCGGCGCCGCCCGCCGGCUCCGUGAGCUGCUGA